AUGUCGUUAGAUGUGGAGGGAACAUUUGUCUCCCAGAAGAUAAGUAAAAUACGAUGGAUUCCUGAAGAUUAUGUCGAAACAAAACACUUUUUCACUGGUAGCUGGGAUGACGAGGAUAAUUCUGUAAAAGUUUGGGCCUUUGAAAGGUUACAUGAAGAUGAAGACGUUGAUAGUCCUCGCCAAUUAUCCGAAUAUAGUGUGCCUGGUGAUGUUACUGAGAUAAAGUUCACAGAAAAAAACAAAGUAGCAGUGUCUCUGUCGAACGGAGAAGUUAGUUUGCUUGAAAUAAGUGCCUAUGAAAGGCAAACUCCAUUACGGGAGGUUUAUAAGUGGAAACAAUUACACCAUAUUAGCUCUGAAAGAUGUUCAUGUACUGCACUAGAUACAUUUGAAGGGGAAAUUGCGACCGUUGGUGAAGAUGAGAAAGUUAACAUUUUAAGCAGUAGAAGAGGUGAUAUCACUAGAUCUAUCACUGAUGUUGACAGUUGUUCCAUUCACUCUGUUUGCUUUCUUAAACUAAGUGAGGUGAUCACUGGAAAUAUUCGUGGUCACAUGAAAAUAUGGGACAUUAGGAGUGAUAACAACAAGCCUGCAGCAUCAUUUCUAUUAGCAGGUGAUGAAUUAGCUGCUACCUGCAUAGUCCGACAUCCAACACAUCCCCACAUAAUACUUGCUGGCAGUGAAUCUGGUUCCAUUGCUGUCUGGGAUCUUCGUAUGAACCAGUUUCCCACCUCCCUCAUCAAAGCCCAUUCGUCUGGCAUAACAGAAAUGCAUUUUCAUCCAGAAAAUCCUAACAAAUUUCUAACUAGUUCUUUGUCUGGCGAUUUAUGGGAUUGGGAUAUGGAGUCGUUGACAAAAAAAUCUGCAGAUACCUAUUUACCAGUGGACGACAAGGAAUCCAUGAAUGUCAACACACUUAUAUCUGGUUUGCAUAAAGCUAUUAAUACAGUCCAUUGUGAUAAGGGGAGAAUAUUGUGUGGCGCUGAUAAUGAAGCUGUUUACCUCAUGAACAACUACAAGUAUUAA